CACGAAGGAAUGUCGCGUUUGUAAAUUAUUUUUUUAAAUUUUCUUUCUAACAUUUCUCGAUACCGGUAAUAAGAGUCAGUGAACUGAAGAGGAGUGUUAAGCGGUGCUCAACCAAUGAGUAAUAUUUUUUACAGUUGAUCGAAUCAUUCGACAGUUCAACUGAGGUACUACAACGAUCGUCAGGAUGCAGAGCCUCUACUAAUAUCAAAAAUUGACUUUCAAGAAUUAGGACUAAUAGUGGUGUAUCGACUGUGUAUUCGGUAGUAGUUAGUUUCAAUUAGCUUACGCUUCAGUACGUAUGAUGGCGACACUAACUCGCUUACCGACUGAAAUAUCCAUAGUGUUGAAGACUACUAGCGCCGGUACCGACGAAUACUGGGUAUUACAUUUGAUAAACAUUUGUGUUUGAACCUCCUGGCACGUGUUAGAAGAAAAUGGCGAAGUGUUUGAAUGUAGCAGAGGGAUUUACCCUGAGCGAUUUAACUCAACAAGAUGGGGUUGUUUUUGAAAUAGGCGACUAUCAGGAUAUGGAUGAUGAAGAAUUUUCUUAUUCAUCAACGGUUCCUUUAACGAAUGAUGAAAUAAUAAACCUGUUAAAUUUAGAUGAUUUUCCAGACGACGAUGACGAUAACGGCAAUGAUGAGACUAGUACAGAUAACUCUAUUAUGCUUUGUAAUGUAAGCUUUGAAAAGUUAAAGGCAAGAAUGACUGACAUUCUUGGAAAUGGGAAGAUUAUGAAGUUAGUGAAACAGAAAGGUGUUGGACCAAUCGUACCUAGCGAUGCACAAGUUACUAUAAAAUAUGUGGGUCAUUUUGAGUACACAGAUGAACCAUUUGAUUCUAGUUUUGCACGUGGAAGAGCAGAUACAUAUCGUCUCAAUCAGGGCAUGUUAAUACCCGGUUUAGAGAUGGCUAUAUCAUCUAUGCAAAAACAUGAAAUAGCUGUAUUUAUCGUACAUCCUGAUUUAGCAUAUGGGAAAUUUGGUUGCGCUCCUCGUAUUCCUCCAAAUGUAGAAAUUUUGUUCAUUGUUCAUUUGGUCGAUUAUCUGGACAAUGGAUGUGCAGAUACUAUGAAAACUAUGUCCAUGGAAGAUAGAAAAGUAUUUGCUAAUGUUGUUAAACAGGUUAAAGCUAAGUUUAAUACUGCUAAGAAUAACUUCAAGAUGUCCAAAGUCAAACAAGCGAUACGAGAAUAUAGUAGAGGAGUUCAAUGGUUGGAAAUGGCAGAAUUAAAAGAUCAGGCGGAGGAAGACGAAUUCAAGAGGUUACUUUCAAGAGGGUACAAUAAUCUUGCAGUUUGUUACAAUAUAGAAAAUAUGCCGCGUCGUGUUUGCAACGCGUGUAAUAGAGUACCAUUACCAUCUGCUAAAACUCACUUUAAUUUUGGUCGAGCAUUAUUAAAAAUGGGAGAGUACGAUAGAGCAAUGGAAAAAUUGCAAAUGUCGCUUAAACUAGAACCUAAGAACGCAGUAACUAUUAUGGAAAUUAAAUUGGUAAAUGAAAAACAAAGAAAGUACUUGGAAAUGGAGAAGCAACUUUGGAAAAAUUGUUUAAAAACUGAUCAAAAAGAGAUAAAAACUUCUGCUUUUCGGAGAGUAGUGCACGAUAUGUGCGAGGCAUUCAAGCAAGACAAUCAGUUAAGACUACCGCUUCCAGAAGCACUAACGCCCGAGGAAGAUGCAUGCGUACGCGAGGAAGCUGCUGCAUUUGGUCUCUCGGUUACCACGCACCAAAGAUACGGCAGAGAAAUAACGUAUCUUAACAAAUCUAAUUACUAAAGUUACUAGGGUAGUUGGAAGAUCAGUAUUAUGUUUACAAUGAAAUGUAUAAAAAUACGUUAUACGCAUUUAUAUUUUUAAAAGAAAAAGAAAUACACGGGGCAAAAAUUGUCUUCA